AAGCGCGCCUGAGGAGCUGCGCGCAGGGGCAGGGCGCAGCGCUAAGCCAAAAGGCAGGCCCUGGUGGCCGCCUCCCAGCUGAAUAAACAGCGGCAUCCCCUUGCGGGAGGGAAGCCACUGCUGAGAGCUGCUCCCCGUCCCUUCUCGGCAGCACGAAGCGCCCAAAGCCUCUGCAGUUUCAGGAACUGGGAAGCUGAAUGCAGGCGGGACAAAAGGGUCUCGCGUUUGCCAUGAAGCUGGCUAAGCUGAGUGUCGCGGACCACCAAGCAGUCCCUAGCCCUUUCCUCCUCCGAGGCUGCGGCCUACAGCUGCCGAGCUCCUGCUUCCUCCUCCCAGGGAGGCUUGAGCUGACUCCUCCCAGGGGCGGCGCAGGAGUUGGCUGCGGCGCGGAGGGAGGAGGUGGAGCUGGCGGCGGCCGCACCGGGAAAGUGACGAGCUCAGCAUGGCGACGGCGGCGCUGCUCUUCUCUCCUUGGCCGCGCUUCUGCGGGGCGUCUGCCGCCCUGCUCCCGCCUGCCCUGGCCGGGCCGCGGAGAAACUACAGCCAGGACGGCUCCGUCUCCCAGUAUUUGCACCGCAGCCUGGUGCCCACCAUGCAUUAUCAGAAGAGCCUUCCCCGUUUGCCUAUUCCAAAACUUGAAGACACAAUCAGAAGAUACCUAAAUGCUCAAAAGCCUCUUUUAGAUGAUGCCCAAUUCAGGAAAACUGAACAACUCGCUGUCAAUUUUAGGGAUGGAAUUGGUAGAGAAUUACAUGAGCAGUUGGUUGCACAAGACAAGCAAAAUAAGCACACUAGUUAUAUUUCAGGUCCCUGGUUUGACAUGUACUUACGGGCACGUGAAUCGGUGGUUUUGAACUUCAAUCCUUUCAUGGCUUUCAACCCUGACCCCAAAGCUGAAUAUAACGACCAGCUUGUGAGAGCGACUAACAUGACAGUUUCUGCUCUGCGUUUCUUGAAGACUCUCAGGGCUGGCUUUUUAGAGCCAGAGGUUUUUCAUCUCAACCCAUCCAAAAGCGACACACAAGCUUUCAAAAGGUUCAUUCGGUUUGUGCCUUCCUCUCUCUCGUGGUUUGGUGCCUAUAUGGUGAAUGCCUACCCACUAGACAUGUCCCAGUACUUCAGGCUUUUUAAUUCCACACGGCUGCCUAAGCUCAGCAAGGAUGAGCUGUUUACGGACGAAAGUAAGCGGCACUUAUUAGUGCUUAGAAAUGGAAACUUCUAUGUGUUUGAUGUUCUAGACAGAGAUGGGAACAUAGUGGCGCCUUCAGAAAUUCAAGCACACCUAAAAUACAUCAUUUCCGACAGCAGCCCCGUUCCAGCUUUCCCUCUUGCUUGCUUGACUAGCGAAAACAGGGAUACGUGGGCACGGCUGAGACAAGAGCUACUUGAGAAUGGCAAUAAGGAAGCUUUAACAAAGGUGGAUUCCGCAAUCUUCUGCCUGUGCCUUGAUGACUUUCCGAUUAAAGAUCUCAACCACUUGUCCCAUACCAUGCUCCACGGUGAUGGAGUCAACAGGUGGUAUGACAAAUCCUUCAACCUUAUUUUGGCCAAAGACGGCACCGCAGCAGUUCACUUUGAGCACGCCUGGGGAGAUGGUGUAGCUGUACUCAGAUUCCAAAACGAAGUGUUUAAAGACAGCACCCAGUCGCCUGCGAUUGCUCCUCCGUCUCAGCCUGCUGCGGUUGAUUCUGCCGCAGCUGUACAGAAGCUGAGCUUUAAAUUGAACGAUGCCUUGAAAGAAGGAAUUACCAAGGCCAAACAGAAUUUUGACGCCACUGUGAAAACGCUGACUCUGGAGGCCAUUCAGUUUGAAAAAGGAGGCAAGGAGUUCCUAAAGAAGCAGAAGCUGAGUCCUGAUGCUGUAACGCAACUUGCCUUCCAGGUGGCUUUUCUACGGCAAUAUGGCCAAACUGUUGCCACCUAUGAAUCUUGCAGCACAGCAGCAUUCAAACACGGUCGCACCGAAACCAUCCGUCCUGCCUCAGUUCAUACAAAAAAGUGUUCAGAGGCUUUAGUCAGGAAUCUGCCCAAGCACAGUGCCGCAGAACUGCAGCAGAUGAUUGCGGAGUGCUCCAAGUUCCACAACCAGCUCACAAAAGAAGCUGCUAUGGGUCAGGGAUUUGAUCGACACUUGUACGGCUUGCGGCAUCUGGCAGAAUCCAGAGGUAUCCCUCUGCCAGACUUUUACCAGGACCAAGCUUAUGCCCAGAUUAAUCAUAACAUUCUCUCCACAAGCACUCUGAGCAGUCCUGCUGUGAAUAUGGGUGGAUUUGCACCAGUGGUGCCUGAUGGUUUUGGUGUCGGAUAUGGAGUUCAUGACAACUGGAUUGGAUGUAAUGUUUCUGCCUACCCGGCUAGGAACGUGCAAGAAUUCCUCCAGUGUGUAUACAAGUCACUAGAGGAUAUUUUCAAUGUUUUGGAAGGUAAACUUGGUAGCAAGUAAGACACAACAGGGCUGGUCUUCUGAAAUGAAUCUUCAGUUCAGAAUUUCUGUACAGCACCUAUUGCUUUGUAAUUCCUGGGGAGGGGGGGGGUGAAGCUUUCCAGGGGAGAAAAUCAUGAAUUUGAUUCUGUAUGCACAGCUCAUUCUAAUAAUACUGAUUAUAAAAUAAUUCUGCCUUUGUGAGAACAUGUCUUUGCUGACAGAUACCAGAACAGUCAAAGUUUCCAGGUUGCACGAGGUAUGGCAUAGUCUUCGUUCCUCAAAAAUAAUGUAUGUGGACUUACAGGACGCAGACUGUUAACUUAAUAUAUAGCUAAUGCUCUUAUCGUCAUUCAGAUGUAUCAGACCAAAGCCCAUUCAAUUCAGCAUCUAGUUGGUAUUCAUAGACCAACUGACUCCAACACUGGAGAUGGCACUGCAGCCGUCAUUACCAGUAGCCAUUGAUACCCUUAUGCUUCAUGAAUUUGUCUAAAUCCUCUCUAAAGCUAUUCAAGUGAGUGCUAUGGCUACAUCUUAAGGUAGCAAAUGUGCUAUGUGAAUAAGUACUUCCUUUUGUCUGUCCUGACUCUUCCAAUAUCCAGCUUCAUUAAGGUAAAGGUAAAGGUACCCCUGCCCGUACGGGCCAGUCUUG